AUGCAAUUGACUUGUUCCUACCGAAACAUUUCCGUGUCGCCCGCUUUUGAACGUUUGGAUUGGCAGGAGCCGGACCCAGUGGCGGAAGCUCAUCCCAGCACCGGAGGGCGCGCCGAAGCGGAAAACGUGACUCAUGGGAACAAAAGGAUUCCUAAAGACCCGGAGACCUGUGACAUCCCGUUCUACGUGUCUGAAUUUGUGGAAAGGAAAGUUGGGACGGAUUACGAUUCAUUAAGCAAGCUCGGCAAGCUGAUUGAGCAGUUGUCAAAAAACCAGAUGAAAUUAGAAGAACAGGUUCUCACCGUUUCAUCGGAAGUCCCCAAAAGGAUCCAGAAGGCCUUGCAGAACGCCGAAGAUUCGAAGAAAUCUUUCCACGAGCUUCUGGAGAGCGAGAGGGUUUUGAACGAUGCGGUGAACGGCCACCUGUUGACCUCCAGCCCUUGGAUGGAGGAGUUUGCUGCCUUGAUAAGCCAAAUAAAAGAAGUCGAGAGACACCUGGCUUACUUAAAACAGAUUUCACAAGUAGAAGAAUUAAGUGACAACAUCCAGCAGUAUCUAAUGACCAACAACGUGCCCGAGGCUGCUACGGCCUUGGCGUCCAUGGCUGAGUUAGAUAUCAAGCUUCAAGACUCUUCCUGCUCACAUCUCUUGACUUUUAUAAGAUCUACUAUUCAAUUCUGGCACAAGAUCCUGAAAGACAAAUUGUCCAGUGAUUUCGAAGAGACGCUGACGCAGCUGCAUUGGCCAUUUAUUGGACCAGCACAAUCCCAAGCUUUGGGCCUGGCUCCCUCCUCGCCGAACGCCGCAGAAAUAUACAAUAACUUUGAGACCCUGUUUUCUCAACUCCUCAAACUGCAGGCAUCGGACGAACUAUUAACCAAGCCGAAGCAACUGCCGGAAAAAUACCUCCUUCCAUCAACUCCACCUGUGAUACUACCUAUGCAGAUCAUGCUGGCUCCCCUUCAGAAAAGAUUCAAGUACCAUUUCACGGGGAAUCGGCAAACCAACGUCCUGAGCAAGCCCGAGUGGUAUCUUACCCAAGUAUUGAUGUGGAUUGGGAACCACGUGUCGUUUCUCGAAGACAAAGUUCAGCCCAUCCUGGACAAAGCAGGCACUUCCGCGAACGCAAGGUUGGAGUUUUCCCGGGCUUUGGUCAUGCUCAUCCUGGAGAAGCUGGACGCCGAGAUCCCUUGCAUGUUGUACGACGACAACCUCUUCUGCCACCUGGUGGACGAGAUCCUCCUGUUUGAAAGGGAGCUGCACGGUCUUCGCGGCUACCUCACCACUCUCCCCAGCUGCAUGCACAUUUUAUCGGAAGAAACCUACUUUCAGAGAUGGUUGACGGUAGAGAGAAAAUUUGCUCUUCAGAAGAUGGACUCCAUGCUGUCAUCGGAAGCUGCUUGGGUAUCCCAGUACAAGGACAUCACUGAUGUAGAUGAAAUGAAGGUCCCAGACUGUGCAGAGACUUUUAUGACUCUCCUCCUGGUGAUCACCGACAGGUACAAGCAUCUUCCCACAGCGGCUCGGAAACUGCGCUUCCUCGAAUUGCAGAAAGAGCUGGUGGACGACUUUAGGAUCCGGCUCACUCAGGUCAUGAAGGAAGAAACCAGAACGCCUCUCGCCUUUCGCUACUGUGCGAUCCUGAACGCCGUCAACUACAUAGCGACGGUGCUAGCAGACUGGGCCGACAACGUUUUUUUUUUACAGCUGCAGCAGGCGGCCCUGGAAAUGUGCGCCGAAAGCGACGGGCUGAGCAUGCUGCAGUUAGGGCAGCUGGCUUCUCUGGAAAGCUCUGUGUUCGAUGACAUGAUCAACCUCCUGGAACGGCUGAAGCACGACAUGCUCAGCCGCCAAGUCGACCACGUCUCCAAAGAGGUUAAAGAGGUGGCCAAGAUCUACAAAAGGGAAAGGUGGCUCUCCUUGCCUUCCCAGGCCGAACAAGCGGUGAUGUCCUUAUCCAGCACUGCCUGCCCUUUGCUCCUGGCUUUGCGAGACCGGCUCCUUCAGUUGGAGCAGCAGCUCUGCUACUCCUUGUUCAAAACCUUCUGGCAAAUGCUCGCUGAGCAAGUUGACUUGUUCAUCUAUCAGGAGGUCAUUCUGGCCAACCAUUUCAACGAAGGGGGAGCGGCCCAACUCCAGUUCGAUAUGACUCGGAAUCUUUUCCCUUUAUUCUCCCAUUACUGCAAGCGGCCGGAGAAUUAUUUCAAACACAUCAAGGAGGCCUGUAUUGUGCUGAACUUAAACAUCGGUUCCGCCCUGCUGUUGAGGGACGUGCUACAGUCGGCUCCGGAAACCAGAACUGGAAUCAGCUUUCCUUCAAAUCAACCCACCGCUGUGGCAGCUUUAAAUGAACUUGGGAUUUAUAAGUUAGCUCCAAAGGAUGUUGAGAUUCUCCUUAAUUUGAGGACAAAUUGGCCUAAUACGGGCAAAUAA